GUACAAGAAACUGAUCAACCUUGCACCAACCUUGCACCAGCAGCAGGUUCGGUUUGGUGCGCGCCGUCCUUCCUCCUCGUGUGAGAUCAGCUUCCCUCAGAGUCAUGGGGAAGAGACGAAACAGAGCCGCAGCUGGCCGUCCAGGUCAGGGUUCUUCCCAGGCUGAAGGUUUGAAAGACAGCUUUCUGGAGCUUCUUGGGGAUGGUUUGUUUGAUUCUGUAUCAGACGGGAACAUGGUGGUGGACGAGGGUUGUUCAAAGAAUGCAGUGGCCAGCGGACCGCAGGAGCUGAUAAAAGGACUCCCUGAUGAUCUCGUGCGGCAGUGGAUACUUCCAAGAGCAAAUCCUGCCAGCUAUGCGCAAAUGAAGAAAGUAUCAAGGGGUUGGAGGUCGCUGAUUGAAGAAGGAGAACUCUUUCGAUUGCGAAAGGAGCAGGGACUUACUACAGAGAUGCUCUGUGUCACGCAUGAGGGGCAAGGCUGGGAACUCUUCAACCCCAAGGAAGGCAACUGGAGUUACAUGGAGUGGGAGGCAGAGGCUCUGAAGAAGACGGUCAGGCAUCGAUGCGUCGGGGUUGGCUCCAAGCUGUACUUUCUGGGGGGGCAGCUGGCAGGAAGUGUCAGGAGAGACGUGUACGUAUACGACCUGGAGCGAGGAAAGUGGAGCCGAGCGAACAACAUGAGCAUCCCCCGUGCCGAUUUUGCUUGCUGCACCGACGGCGCCCGCAUCUGGGUGGCCGGGGGCUCGAUGUCGUACUACUCACGUGACGGCGAGGUGUACCAUCCAGAGGAUGACACGUGGGUGCCCCUCCCGAGCCUCGUGGACCGCCACUUUGGCACGAUGGGCAACCGCCACCUGCAGGGGCUGUGGAUACGUGACCGGUUCCUGGUGGAGCCGGGACAUGCCAUCUUCGACCCAGAAGCGAGCACCUGGACUUUUCUAGCAAACGCUGAUGCUGAGUCCGAGAGCCCCUACAUGGUGGCCAACGUCGGGGGGGAGCUUUACGGGGCGCGGCACGCCCCCGGGGAUGAUGGUCGCCACGCGCGCAUUGACUGGAUCGACCUCGACACCGCCAUGCCAGCAGGGAGUGUGAACAAGGACUUCAUCCGGAAGCGGAAAGCGUCGGCGCCCCCGACCCAAAACUGCAGCCGCUACAAGUUCGGGAUGGCCGGCCUCAACGGGCGGCUCUAUGUGUUUGGCGGGAAAGUGAAAGCAGGGUUGCCGGGGAAACGGCGGAGGCGGAAGGAUGUCGGCUCGGUGGAAGUGUACAAUCCGAUGCCUACGAAGGAUGAACCGGAGUGGAAAGCGGUCAAAACGAUGGGGCGGACUAAGGGAGAGAUCAGGACUUGGACGACGGUUGUAGCAUGACGCGGAUAGAUGCCUUUGAGGAGGGACGUCGAUUGACAUAUAGUGCCAACGGCAGCAGCUGGUAGACUAUCACUCUGGAGACACUGAAACUGGGCCGAGGCCAAAUGUACAAAAGAAUUUCUUUACUGUGACCCUUGAUGCAACUAGAUGGUGGACGAAGUCUGCUUACUAGCUUAGGGGCCAGGACUGCACAUUGGAAUGCAUCGACAGCAACUCAACAAAAGAAGCAGGGUUAGAUAUACAGCAUGUACAUUAGUCCUUGUCCGUCAACGACGUUUUAGUUGAUUAUACACUCAAGGCAUGCGGUGCUUAGCUGCUUGUAGCCCUUCACAUGAUCGCAUCUUACAUCUUGAA